GUAAUUGUUACUGAGUGAUGCAUCACACCACCCAGAAUCACCAAACAAUGAUAAAAGAUUAUCAGCUAAGACAUAAACUGAACAAAAGCAUAAACAAACAAGUUAAUUCCACAUUACGUUUAAUUAUUGUUUUUAAGCACUUUGUUUCUAGAGAAAUGCAGCAUAGGAGUGGUGCUAUGUCUCAGUGCUAGAAAUUACUUAUUUCCAACAACUGUUACAACAUAGAAAUUUAGAAUUUUUGUAAUUAAGUUCCUCAUGAUAUGGUUAUUGCACAAAUGUCAUUAUCUUAAAUCCAGACAUGAAAAUAGCUAAAUGUCAUGGCGUGCAGUGCUAAUUUUGACAUCUAAAAUCCGCUUUUGAUAUUCCAGUUAUGCACCAUGUUUACAUUUGUUUCUUACAUAGCUUGGUUUUGAAGAAAUAACACAUUUAAGACUUAUUAAAUUAAGUGUUUUAAAAGAGAUUAAUCAGCCAUAGAUUAAACAUUUUACAUCAAAGGCAUGUAUGGAACUAUGUUAUAUACUCUAUUAUAGGGUUUGUCUUUUUUAAAUGCUCACAGUAUUUGAUGAUUUUGACCAGCGAGGUGAGGGGAAAAAAAGGUUCUGCUCAUCAUAGCUUUCCUUGAAGUGUGCGCUAGUUGAAAAGUGCGCCUCAGAUCAGAGGAAAGAAGCACCGGAAUGCUGGCAGAUGACCCACAGCAAUAAGUGCUGACUUCCUCAGAUUGACUAAGAAGUCUUCUACUACAGUACCUCUGUUCCCUAAUUGGCACAUGGCGUGACCCAACUUCCUGCCAAGAGAUAAGCGAAAGGAGGGCACAACAUGUGCUCAGGACAAAAUGGGCAACGCUACGAAGUACAGUACUCUUGACAGGUCAGUGGCAUCGCUGGAACACAGACGCAGCUUGUCUCUGCCAGUGGCCAUCUCAUUAGAAGUACCUUGUUAUUCCCACAACCUGUCUUCAUUUUGCAGCCAAUUGCAGCAGCCCUCUGAGUGUCAUUGCACAGUGUUCGCAAAGUUUGAGAAGUGAACAAAACAAAAUCAGGAGGCUCUUCACUGGCUCAGGUCCAAUGCUCUGCAUAUCAUAGAUACCAAGAAGGCACUGGAGUAAAUCUUUGGGUGAUGGGAGGGGGAGGGCUCUUCAACCAUUUUCCAUUAGAGGCCUCAGGGAUGGAUGGGAUGAAGAACGGGGCUCACAAAGACGUGAUUACUAGGACACUUGGAACGACACCCUGCCUGGUGACUUUGCAAUGGUUCCGCCAGCAACAUAUACUGACUCUUUUUCCAUUUCGCCAGUCAAUGUAGAGCUACAAAUCAAAAGCAAUGUCUUUCUGUAGCUUACAAAAUGACAAACAAAGCCAUCUGUCUCUUCACUGGUUGUCCUCCACUGACACAGUAAUUUCCACAGGCACUGGACGGACACAGAACAGAUGCUGGUUUUGCAGCUGAACUUCCAUCAUCUUAUGGAAGUUUUUUAUUUGGUUUUCCCUGUUAGCCACACUGUUGCUACCUAUCUUUAUUCAGAAAUCCAUAUUGAUAUUUCCAUAAAUAUGUUGUAGUGUUUAUCUAGCGUGCACAUCCAGUGCUACUUAUAGAGAUCAAAGUGGGGGAAUCGAUGUAAACGACCCAACAAAUACCAUCACCAGACACUAUAGCUUGGUUUGAUCUGCCACUUGUCACAUUCAUAUGGUGGUUUUAGCCAAUUUGAAGUUAGUAACUGAAUCUGAGCAAGUAAAUCUCUCUCUUAUUCUUAGGGGAUCACCACUGGUUUUGAAGUUUAGAGGUUUUGUAAAUCCAUUGCUUACUGAAGCAAUGUAUGGUCUUCUGUUUGUUUUUUGACUGUUAAUCAUAGUCAAACAUAAAUACUAUUGAUUUCCACAAAGAAGCUGCACUACAGUGAUGUGUCAUAUUUCAGUAAUGAUAAUGAUACUAAAAAUACAUAAGUACUAGUUAAGACAUAAGACUAGUUAACAAAAUUCUCCCUCAAAAAAAACACAAAAAAAACACAAACUAUGAGUCCAUUUGAAUUUAGUUUUUGUUCACUUGUUAAUUGGCAAGUUGAUCUAAGUGAAUUAAGUAGGCAGCGACUGUGCUUUUGAACCAAAGAAAAUAAACUGUAAGUGUGAUCAAACUAUGAAUUAAUAUAUGAAAACUUCAGCUAUUAUAAGUUGUCAUAAUUUACACUUGUGUGUCAGUGGUAUAAUAAUAAGGCCGUUAGAUCCUUCAGUCUCAAUAACAAAUCCUUUUUUUUUCUUUCUUUUCUGUUUGUUCAAGUAAUGACAGACACAGAAAAGAAGAAAAUGAAAACACAGUUGAAGAAAACAACAUUGAAAGAACCGUAGAGGUCUCACUUCCAGCUUCGGUCUUUUAAACCUGUCAAAUAAUUCCACUCUUUAUAAUUGAAUUGCGUGGUUAUUUACUUGAGGAGCUUAAGAGAACCAACAAACCAAUAAAAUAGCUAUAUCGAGUUUCUAGGCCUUUUCUGCUGACUGUUGACUUCCGAGGUGGCUUUUGCCUUGCUAAGCACGUCUUGUCCAUUCUCUUAUUGGUGAUCUGUCAUGGUCAGCCCCUCCUCCUCUGUCCUGCACUCACUGCCAUUGUUCCAAAGGACAUUUCUUUUGUCGACCUUGUAAAAUAUCAGCACGCUUCAUCCACUGUGUUCACAUUGAAAUACCCCUGGUGUCUCCCUGCUGAUGCAUUUUUUUCCUUUUGUCCCCUAGUUUUGUAGGGGAAUGAUGGGGUAUAGGGGUUGGAAAAAAUGACCGUGGUCCAUGCCGAUGUUAAGUAUGCCAUGCAUCUUUUUGGAUUAAACUGGCACCUGCAACCCAUGCAGAGACAGAUGUAUCAGCUGUCAGAAGACAAUACAAGUGGCCUACCUUUUCCUACUGACAUGAGCUUGCCACCACUAGGCAACACAGGCUUGGAAAUACCUGAUCGCAAGGGAAAAGAUGACAGCAAAUUGGACAGCUUGUUCCCAGAUGACAGCUAUAUAGAUAUGGGAGAGAUUGACGUGGGGCGCAAGGUCGCUCAGCAAAUUCCUCCGGGUAUCUUCUGGAGGUCCCAGGUCUUCAUUGAUCAUCCCAUGUACCUGAAGUUUAAUGUGUCCCUGAGCAAAGAUGCCUUAGUGGGAAUCUAUGGAAGAAGAGGCCUACCUCCAUCACACACACAGUUUGACUUUGUAGAGCUUUUGGAUGGGCGGCGGCUCCUGGCCCAGGACAUCCACGGUCUGGAGGGGCCUGUGGCUAUGCAGCGGAGCCUGGAACCCAUCACCACACACUACACAGGCUUUAUCCAAUACAUGGACUCGGGCAUCUGGCACCUGGCCAUUUACAAUGACGGAAAAGAAACUGAAACUGUCUCUUUCCUCACCACCACCAUAGAUUCUAUUGAUGACUGUCCCAGUAACUGCUUUGGGAACGGCGAUUGUGUGGCUGGAACAUGCCACUGCUUUUUAGGAUUCAAAGGACCUGACUGUGGGCGAGCUUCCUGUCCAGUGCUAUGCAGUGGGAAUGGUCAAUACCUUAAAGGUCGCUGCAUGUGUCACAGCGGCUGGAAGGGCUCCGAGUGUGACGUUCCCACCAACCAGUGCAUUGACAUCACAUGCAGUAGCCAUGGGACUUGUAUCGUGGGAACCUGUAUCUGCAACCCAGGCUACAAAGGGGAAAACUGUGAAGAAGUGGACUGCCUGGACCCAACAUGCUCAGGCCGAGGGGUGUGUGUCCAGGGAGAGUGCCACUGCUUUGUGGGGUGGGGCGGGCCAGGAUGUGAGAGCCCCAGGGCCUCCUGCAUGGACCAGUGCUCUGGACAUGGAGCUUUCCUGGCAGACGCCGGAACCUGCAGCUGUGAUCCCAACUGGACGGGCCAUGACUGCUCUACAGAGAUUUGUGCAGCGGACUGUGGUGGCCAUGGCAUUUGUGUGUCGGGCACCUGCCGCUGUGACGAUGGCUGGAUGGGCACUGGGUGUGACCAGAGGGCGUGUCACCCUCGAUGCAACGAACAUGGCACUUGCAAGGACGGCAAAUGUGAAUGCAGUCCGGGUUGGAACGGAGAACACUGCACUAUUGAGGGCUGUCCGGGUUUGUGUAAUGGAAAUGGUAGGUGCACUCUGGGUAACAAUGGCUGGUACUGUGUGUGCCAGCUGGGCUGGAGGGGCACUGGCUGUGACACCUCUAUGGAAACUGCCUGCAGUGAUGUCAAGGACAACGAUGGAGAUGGGCUGGUGGACUGCAUGGAUCCAGAUUGCUGUCUGCAGGCGACCUGUCACACCACCUCUCUGUGUGUGGGCUCCCCGGACCCCCUGGACAUCAUCCAGGAAACACAGAUGUCCUCUGCACAGAACAACCUGCAGACUUUCUAUGACCGGGUGCGCUUCCUGGUGGGCAGAGACAGCACCCACGUCAUCCCUGGAGCCAACCCCUUCGAUGGCAACCAUGCUUGUGUCAUUCGUGGACAAGUAGUGACCUCGGAUGGAACACCACUGGUUGGAGUCAACAUCAGUUUCAUCAACAACCCGUCCUAUGGUUACACAAUUACUAGGCAGGAUGGAAGUUUUGACUUGGUGACCAAUGGGGGCAUAGCCAUAGCCCUGCACUUUGAGCGCGCUCCAUUUAUCACCCAGGAGCAUACUCUGUGGUUGCCAUGGGGACGCUUCUUUGUCAUGGAUACCAUCGUCAUGCGGCAUGAGGAGAAUGACAUCCCUAGCUGUGACCUGAGCAGCUUUACCAGGCCAAGCCCCGUGGUGUCCCCAGCUCCGCUCACUGCAUUUGCUGGCUCCUGCACCGAAAGGGGGACCGUCGUACCUGAAAUCCAGUCUCUGCAGGAGGAAGUGCCUAUACCAGGGACUGAUAUGAAACUUGGCUAUUUAAGCAGCAGGACCCCAGGUUACAAGUCAAUACUGAGGGUUACCCUCACCCAUUCCACAAUCCCUUUCAACCUGAUGAAGGUUCACCUCAUGGUGGCUGUUGAAGGCAGGCUGUUCAGAAAGUGGUUUCCUGCAUCCCCCAACCUCUCGUAUGACUUUGUGUGGGACAAGGCUGACGUCUACAGCCAGAAGGUCUAUGGCUUGUCUGAAGCUUUUGUAUCUGUGGGUUUUGAGUAUGAGUCAUGUCCAGACCUUAUUCUAUGGGAGAAGAGGACUGCUGUUCUACAGGGCUACGAAACCACUGCCUCCAAACUGGGCGGAUGGACAAUAGACAAGCAUCAUGCUUUAAAUAUCCAGAGUGGUAUUCUUCACAUGGGCAAUGGGGAGAACGUCUUCAUCUCCCAGCAGCCUCCAGUAAUCGGCAGUGUGAUGGGGAACGGGCGCAGGCGCAGCAUCUCCUGCCCCAGCUGUAAUGGCCUUGCUGACGGAAAUAAGCUGCUGGCCCCUGUGGCUCUGGCCUGUGGCUCAGAUGGAAGUCUGUACGUGGGCGAUUUCAACUAUGUGAGGAGGAUUUUCACCACAGGGAAUGUCACCAGCGUCCUGGAGCUCAGAAAUAAAGACUUCAGGCAUAGCAACAGCCCUGCUCAUAAGUACUACCUGGCCACCAGUGCAGUGAACGGUGCUGUGUACCUCUCGGACACCAGCAGCAGGAAGGUGUUUAAGGUGAAAUCCUUGAAUGUUGUGAAAGAUGUAGCCAAGAAUCUGGAGCUGAUAGCAGGCACUGGUGACCAGUGUCUCCCAUAUGACGACACUCGCUGCGGGGAUGGAGGAAAGGCUGUUGAGGCCACUCUCACUAACCCUAGAGGCAUUACGGUGGAUAAGUACGGUGUAAUCUUCUUUGUGGAUGGGACCAUGAUUCGCAGGAUUGAUCAGAAUGGAAUCAUCUCUACUCUUCUGGGAUUCAAUGACCUGACCUCUGCCCGACCUCUCAGCUGCGAUGCUGUGAUGGACAUCUCUCAGGUGCGUCUUGAGUGGCCCACAGACCUGGCAGUGAGUCCCAUGGACAACUCCCUGUAUGUCCUGGACAACAACGUAGUACUCCAGAUCUCAGAAAAUCACCAAGUCCGUAUUGUAGCUGGCCGGCCCAUGCACUGCCAAGUGCCUGGAAUUGACCAUUUCCUCAUGAGCAAAGUGGCCAUCCAUGCCACCCUGGAGUCUGCCAAUGCCCUAGCUGUGUCCCAUAAUGGCAUUUUGUACAUCGCUGAGUCAGAUGAAAAGAAAAUAAACAGAGUACGACAGGUGUCCACCAAUGGAGAGAUCUCUCUGGUUGCAGGGGCACCUAGCGGCUGUGACUGCAAGAAUGAUGCUAACUGUGAUUGUUACUCUGGAGAUGAAGGCUAUGCCAAGGAUGCUAAGCUGAAUGCACCCUCUUCCUUGGCAGUGUGCCCAGAUGGAGAGCUUUAUAUUGCGGAUCUGGGCAACAUUCGUAUCCGCUAUGUGCGUAAAAACAAGCCCUAUCUGAAUCCCCUCAGCAUGUAUGAGGUAUCCUCUCCCAUUAAUGAUGAACUCUAUCUAUUUGACUCCAACGGCAGCCACAUUUUCACUCAAAGUCUGACUACAGGAGACCACCUCUACAAUCUGACCUACACAGGAGCAGGAGAUCUGAGCAGCAUUACUGAUAAGAACAAAAACAUAGUGACCAUCAGACGAGACACCACAGGAAUGCCUCUAUGGCUGAUGGUCCCUGAUGGACAGACAUUCUGGUUCACCAUUGGUACCAACAAUGCCCUAAAAUCUGUCGCUGCUCAGGGUCAAGAACAGGCUGUAAUGACCUACCAUGGAAGCUCAGGACUUCUAGCAACUAAGACGAAUGAAAAUGGAUGGACAACCUUCUAUGAGUAUGACAGUUAUGGGCGUCUGACUAACGUCACUUACCCCACGGGCCGAGUGAGCAGCUACCGUACAGAUGCCGACAGCUCAGUCCGUAUCCAGACAGAGGGCUCCAACAAAGAGGAUAUCACCGUCACCACCAACCUGUCAGCCUCUGGCACCUUCUACACACUCAUGCAGGAUCAAGUUCGGAACAGCUACUUCAUUGGUCUGGAUGGCUCACUGCGCCUAGUGUUGGCCAAUGGCAUGGAGGUGUCCCUGCACACCGAGCCCCACCUUCUGGCUGGCACAGUCAACCCCACAGUCAGCAAGAGAAAUGUCACCCUGGCCACAGACAACGGCCUUAACUUGGUGGAGUGGAGACAGAGGAAGGAGCAGGCUCGUGGACAGGUCACUGUGUAUGGACGCAGAUUAAGGGUUCAUAACAGAAACCUGCUGUCAUUGGACUUUGAUCGAAUCACCAGAACAGAAAAGGUUUACGAUGACCACAGGAAGUUUACGUUACGGAUCCACUAUGACCAUGCUGGGCGGCCUACACUGUGGGCACCAAGCAGUCGUCUGAAUGGAGUCAAUGUAACCUACUCCCCUGGAGGGCAUGUGGCAGGUAUCCAAAGAGGUACCAUGUCCGUACGCAUGGAGUAUGACCAGAAUGGCAGAAUCACCUCCCAGAUAUUUGCUGAUGGUAAAUCCUGGAGCUACACUUACCUUGAGAAGUCCAUGGUACUGCUGCUUUAUAGCCAAAGGCAGUAUAUCUUUGAAUUUGACAAAAACGACCGACUGUCGUCUGUGACCAUGCCUAACGUGGCAAGGCAGACCCUGGAGACCUCCCGCUCCAUUGGCUACUACAGAAACACCUACCGCCCUCCUGAAGGUAACGCUUCAGUGCUCCAGGAUUAUAGUGAGGAAGGCCAGUUGCUGCAGACCACCUACCUGGGCACAGGCCGCAGGGUCAUCUACAAAUAUGGCAAGCUUGCCAAGCUGCUGGAGAUUCUGUAUGACACCACACGCAUCGGCUUCUCCUAUGACGAAGUGGCAGGCAUGCUGAAGACAGUCAACCUGCAGAGUGAGGGCUUCACCUGCACCAUCCGCUACCGCCAGAUUGGCCCACUGAUUGACAGGCAGAUUUUCAGAUUCAGUGAAGAGGGCAUGGUCAACGCCAGAUUUGACUAUGUUUAUGACAACAGUUUCCGUGUCACUAGCAUGCAGGCUGUCAUUAAUGAAACACCGCUACCAAUUGACUUGUAUCGCUAUGAUGAUGUGUCUGGCAAAACAGAGCAGUUCGGCAAAUUUGGAGUAAUCUAUUAUGACAUAAAUCAAAUUAUCACCACUGCAGUGAUGACCCACACCAAACACUUUGAUGCUUAUGGCCGGGUGAAGGAGGUCCAAUAUGAAAUCUUUCGCUCACUCAUGUACUGGAUGAUGGUGCAGUAUGACAAUAUGGGACGUGUGGUGGCCAAGGAGCUGAAAGUCGGCCCUUAUGCCAACACCACACGGUACACGUAUGAGUAUGAUGCUGAUGGUCAACUCCAGGUGGUGUCCAUCAAUGACAAGCCUCUGUGGAGGUACAGCUAUGACCUGAAUGGCAACUUGCACCUCCUCAGCCCUGGCAACAGCGCACGUCUAACGCCAUUACGUUAUGACAUCAGAGACCGCAUUACUCGCUUGGGAGAUGUCCAGUACAGGAUGGAUGAGGAUGGUUUCCUCAAGCAGCGAGGGAACGACUACUUUGAGUACAACUCAGCCGGUCUGCUGGUUAAGGUGUACAACAAAGUGAGCGGUUGGAGCAUCAGAUACCGUUAUGAUGGCCUAGGCAGGAGGGUGUCCAGCAGGAGCAGCAUGGGCCACCACUUGCAAUUCUUCUAUGCUGACUUGUCUAGCCCCACUCGGGUCACCCAUAUGUACAACCACUCCAGCUCCGAGAUCGCCUCGCUUUACUAUGACCUGCAGGGACACCUGUUCGCCAUGGAGCUAAGCAGUGGGGAUGAGUUCUAUGUGGCCUGUGAUAACAUAGGUACCCCUCUGGCUGUGUUCAGUGGCUCAGGCCUCAUGAUCAAGCAGGUGCUCCACACGGCAUUCGGAGAGGUUUACCUUGACACCAACCCCAGCUUCCAGCUCAUAAUUGGCUACCAGGGAGGCCUAUAUGAGCCUCUCAGCAGACUGGUCCACAUGGGCCGAAGGGACUAUGAUGUUCUUGCUGGCCGCUGGACAACACCUGACCAUGACAUCUGGAAACGUCUCAACAGCAACCACAUUGUGCCAUUCAACUUGUAUAUGUUCAAGAAUAACAAUCCUCUCAGCAACAAUGAAGAGAUAAAGUGCUACAUGACCGAUGUGAACAGCUGGUUGGUGACCUUCGGCUUCCAACUGUACAAUGUCAUCCCUGGCUAUCGCAAACCAAACACAGACACCAUGGAGCCAUCCUACGAGUUAGUCCGCACCCAGAUCAAGACACAAGAGUGGGAUAGCACCAAGUCUUUACUGGGUGUUCAGUGUGAAGUUCAGAGGCAGCUGAAGGCCUUUGUGAAGCUGGAGCGUUUCGGCCAGAUCUACAGAGCCAAAAGUGCCGGUUGUCCUCAGACCGAAGACAAGAAGAAAUUUGCCUCUGGUGGCUCCAUCUUCGGAAAGGGGGUGAAGUUUGCUAUCCGAGAUGGUCGCAUCGGCACUGACAUCAUCAGCUUAGCCAACGAGGACGGGCGUCGCAUGGCUGCGGUUCUGAACGAUGCAUUCUAUCUUGAAGACCUCCACUUCACUAUCGCUGGAGUGGACACCCACUAUUUUGUCAAACUGGGCUCAGUGGAGGGAGACCUGUCCCUCAUUGGGAUGACGGUGGGCCGCCGCACACUAGAAACCGGUGUCAAUGUGACGGUGUCUCAGGUCAACACUGUUCUCAAUAGCAGGACUAGGCGCAUUACUGACAUCCAGCUCCAGUAUGGCGCGCUGUGUCUGAAUACGCGUUACGGCAGCAGUGUGGAUGAGGAGAAAGCUCGUGUGUUGGAGCUGGCCCGACAGAGAGCUGUCGUCCAGGCUUGGGCACGUGAGCGCCAGAGACUGAGGGAUGGAGAGGAGGGCUCGCGAACCUGGACUGAGGGAGAGAAGCAACAGCUCCUGGGCUCAGGGAAGGUGCAGGGCUAUGACGGAUACUACGUGGUUUCAGUUGACCAGUACCCUGAGCUGGCAGACAGUGUCAACAACAUUCAUUUCAUGAGACAGAGCGAAAUGGGCCGAAGGUGACAUGAACACGAGGCUCUGGAGUGACAGACUCAGAUGUAGGACAUGGGACUUCUUGCCAAAGACAGUUGUGUACAUGACCACUUUCUUUUUCUUUGACUGUGCUCAACUUGGUUUUUAAUAUACGGAAAAAGAAAAUAAAACAUGGUUGCAAUCAGUUGCACUGUAUUAAUAGAAGAGUGUCCUUCUCCUUUUGAAGAUUCUUUAACAGUCUUUGCCCUCCAAGUGCGGCUGCUAGAGGAUGAAAAUUUGCGAUGUCUGUGACUUAUUUUUGUGACUCCAUUUCCUCGUCCCUGUUGGUGAUUCUGUUCAAAGGAACCCAAGAGGAGUAUUGGUAAUGCAUUAUGUUCACUGGCUCACCCUGCUGCCAGACUUGCAGAUUGUUAUUCACAAGCUUGCUCCAUUCUGCCUUUUCUGCGCCUCAGCCAAGGAGAUUCCUUCUCUUUUAAUCACUUCUUUUUUAUACUUGAAACCCUCAUAGCCCCAGUCAUCCAUAAAUAAUGAGAGAGAUUUCUGUUGGCGGUAGAGCCCUUCAUCAAAACCCCAGCUCAACUUGUCAAAGCACCUUCAUUUGUGUGAUGUCUUGUAAUUUUUUAAGAGGAGGCUUGAUACUCAUCCGUGGUCUUAGCUUGGAAGGCUUCAGCGCACCCUGACUGUGCAUGUUGAUGGCCUUCCUUAUGAACUACAAAAUUAGCAAAACUGCUUAAUCAAGCUUAAAUUGUAUGGUAAAGCCAACAAAGGGAUAUGAGGUCACUUUUUUAUUUUGUGUGCAUUUUUUCUUUUCAAAGGAAGAAAAUGAAAACAGAAUAAAUUGUUCUCUGCUCCUUUUUAUUUGACUGUGGUCAGACAACUCGAUUAUGAAAAUAGAGAAGAGCCAACCCUGUAAGAAAAUACUGUGGAUUAAUGUCUGUAUUACACAACAAAGGGUAUUUUACAGGAAUGGUUUUGAAUUACGUUUUAGUUUUGUUUUAUAAAUAGCUAUAUGAAUUAACAGUAUAACAAAUGUGAACUUAAAAAAUGUGAACUAUUGUCCCUUUUAUUGUUAAUUGUUGUACUUGAACAAUACUUAAGGGUGUUUCAACACAUGGAAUAAACUAUGAAAGGUGGUUUAGUUAAAUCAGUUACUGUGUUUUUAAUUAGACCAACAACUUUUUACUCAUCUCAAUUGCAUAUGAAAGGCAGUGUUUGUUUAUCAAUGAGCUUUAGUCAGUAUUCCUCACCACAGUGUCCAAUGAAAUAAAGCUUGGGAUGAAAAUAUUUUUAAAAAGUGAGACUACAAGGAUGGUUAAAGAAACCAGUCUCGUCAGUGAUACAUACUACAUUAAUAUAUUGGCUGCUGAGAUAGAUAGGCUUUGCAUUGUAUUGUGGGUGAGAUGAAAGAUACAAAUUGCCUUUGCCCUAAGGGCUGCCCGCAGGUCAACAUCGAAAGUGCUUUCACUCUCCAGAAUAGGGCUCCACUUGGUCCCAUGGCUGGUUGAAAUGCGUUAGACCUGCAGGUGUACUAGUUCCCGUUUACAGACUAAAGGUCGUCAAUACACGACAACCUUGGAAAUGGACACAUUCUAGCUCCUAUAUCUCCAUGUCCUCCUCAAUGGUGACGGCAAAGGACAAUUUACAUCUGCUCAUUUGAAAAUGUCAUGUGAAAAACUCAAGUCAAGACUAUUUUGGAAAUUGUGUCAUUGAGUUGACUUCUGGUACUUUUUGAACUAUGCCAAGCCACUGCACACGCUUGACUUUCUUAUCGUUUUUCCAUCAAACACAUGAACUUGUUUAUGUGUGUAGGGGUUGUGGGAGCAUGAUUGAGUGUCUCAAUCUGUACAAACGUUAAAACAAACAGUACACAAAUUUUUUUCUGCUGUUGGUUGAUUCAGUGAGGUUUUGUUUCCAAAAAAAUAUGUAUGUUCAACAUAAUAUGAAUGAAGGAUAUUUGCAUUGUGGAAUAUUGCACUGAGAACUGUUCGUCAUAAGCGUCAUAAGACUGUAUCUUUUUCUAAAGUUUUGGACUCAUUUUGAGUUUUGGUUUGUUCUCAACACUGUGUUUUUAAGGCUUCUCUUUGACCAUGUAAAUAUGAAGACAUCAAAGUAAGCUGUAAAUAAAAUGCAAAUGUAGAUACCUCUUAGAGCUACAUCAGUGACCCUGUGUAGUCUUAAGGUAGAAAAAAAAUAA